UUUAGCCAUGUAUUUUUUUCCAAAAGAAAGUACUGGGUUUUUUCUCUCAUAACUUGUUUUGAUCUCCUUUUUUUUCAGGCACAGAGAAAACUUUAUCGAGAGCAUUGCUGAAUCGCAUCACUUUCCUAACACAGUAGCCAACAAUUAAAAGAUCAAUGCGCAACAGAAGAUGUGGCAUCCGAGUGUAUCACCUGCGAUCGAGGGAAUGCAACUCAACAUCCAAUCGACUGAGACUGUGGGCGUGUUCUUCUCUUUCCAUCCUACCGACAAGCACAAGUUAAAACUGCUCUCCCUCUUUCUCUCUUUGAGUCUGGGAAUGCCGCGCGAGCAUCCUGGCGCGCGUGUGGAAUUUCUGAACUUUCCGUAUAUUCUUCCGUGGAUGUAAAGAAUAAGAGCAGGACAACCGAGCUUCGUUUUGGAUAUUUCCCUCCUCACCAAACCCUCCCGUGACUGUUUACAAGCUCGCGCACUAUGGAACUUUACGCAAUUCUCCUUUUCUUGGUUUCCCUGACAGGUGCGCGAGGAGUUGAGCGGCACGCAUUGUCGUACGCGUAUACGCCUGAACUCUCGGAGGACGCGAUACUGGUGGCUAACAACGGUAUACACGUGCCUUUUGGAAGAUCGGUUUUUAUCGAUCCGAUGAACGAUCUGGUCAUUGAAGUUCAGCCGGGGGAUAUGUGCAGUAUUACGGUGCUGGAUAAUGAUCCGCUGUCUCAGAGACCCGGGCAUCUAUCACCUAAAAAGUUCCCGUGUGAAUUUGGUCCUAAUGAUGUCAAAUACUCUCAUCUCGGCUCCAGAAGCCCUGCGGAGGACAGGGUGAAGCUACAACUCAGGUAUGACACUCAGACUGAAACUAUAAUCAUCCCCUUUAUGUUAGAGGUGGGUGUUGUUUUCACACAAUUGGAGAUUGUAACGAAAAACGUGCCUCUUGCUGUUGAUAGUUUACUUGGCACUAGUAAUCUUAUUGACAGAAAGGUGCUAGAAUUUACUUAUGAUAAAGACUCUGAACAAUGUGAAGUCACGUCACUGGCUGCCAGUAGCGCUUUACCCAGAUACGGAAAAGUUGUUGAUGAUGGCAAAUUGGAGAAGACGAUGAGCUGUGAGCAGUUUCUCAAAGCAGACAUCAGAUAUGAGCACACGUCUACCCACAAGUCUCCAAAUAGGGAUUACAUCCCGAUGGUGGUGGAACUCCGUAGCAAAGAAAACAAUUUACUGAAGCAGGAGUUUUUUCACGUGAUGAUCCGGAUAAAAGACGGCGUGGAAAACACUCCUCCCAGACCCAGUUUCGUGGCCAUGAUGAUGAUGGAAGUCGAUCAGUUUGUUAUGACAGCUUUAACCCCCGAUAUGCUGGGAGCCGAGGAUACUGAAUCCAGUCUGGAUGAUCUUAUUUUCAACAUCACCUCUCCGUUGUCAUUCGAGGAGGGUUAUAUUGUGAGUACAGAUGAUAGAAAUUUACCCAUCACGUCAUUUUAUCAAAGAGAUCUGAAGGAACUGAAAAUAGCAUAUAAACCUCCAUCUCUGGACUCGGAAACUGAGAGGAUUUUUCAGAUAGAGUUAGAGGUCAUUGACACAGAUAGUGGGAUUUCCGAUCCUUUUGCAUUUAUGAUUGUGGUAAAGCCCAUGAACACUUUAGCACCAGUGGUGACAAAAAAUACAGGUCAGCUUCUGUAUGAAGGCCAAUCUAGAUCUUUAUUCACUCAGAGCAACUUGGAAAUUAGUGAUGAGGACAAUCUGGACAGUGUUAGGAUAACUGUGGUCGAUGGUCUACGUCACGGUCAGUUAACCUUGUUGGGCACCAACAGGAAGUAUUUUACCCCUGCCGACCUAGAAGUGGGCAUUGUGAUGUACCAACAAGAUGGAAGCGACACGUACAGCGAUAAUGUCAUUUUCAGAAUGUCAGAUGGCAAGCAUGACGUCGAGUUUUUGUUUCCCAUCACAAUUGUACCCACAGAUGACGAGCCGCCCAUCAUAAAUGCAAACACAGGGCUGGUUUUAUCAAAAAAACAGAUGGUGUCCAUCUCGCAACUCACGCUCAGCGCAGCAGAUAUUGACUCUGAAGAUUCCACCAUUAAAUUUAUUAUCGAACCGCCGCUCUCAGCUAUCGGUGAGGUCCUCAUGAGGCAAUCUGAAGCUCCGGAGGACCCAACGUCAUGGAAGUUUAAUUCAGUAGAUGGUGUGUAUGAGAAAGUAGUGACAGAGUGGCUUCAAAAAGACAUUACAGAUGAAAAGCUCUUUUAUAAACAUACAGGUCCACAUAUCACGGAGACCAUCACCGAUCAUUUUGUGUUUAAAGUGCAAGACGACGCCGAUCCUCCCAACCAAUCUGGCGAGAAUUCAUUUGUUAUUAAAAUUCUGCCUAUUGAUGAUGUUCCACCCGUGCUGUUCCCGGGUACUACUUUGCAGAUGACGGUACAUGAAUAUCAGUUGACUCAUUUCAGCAAAAAUGUGCUGCAUUACACAGACCUAGAUUCGGAGGAUCGUGAUUUGAAAUAUACAAUAACUCAACCGCCAACAGACGCAGAUGAGAAUAAUCUGGUUCGAUUUGGAUCUAUUGUUUUAACGGACAGCCCUGAUAGUGAGGUAACAGAAUUUACUCAAGCACAAGUUAACCAUCAUAAGAUUUCCUACAGCCCGCCAGACCAUGAGCUAGGCAUCACACCCCAUGUGGUGCAGUUCCAUUUCAGAGUCGAAGACACAGCUGGAAACAGCGUUGAUGGUGAUUUUACCAUUUUUCUGAAGCCCGUAAACAACAAACCCCCACAGAUAACAAAUUCGGGCUUCACUGUUCUGGAGAGGGGCGUACACAUCAUCACAAGUGUCGAACUUGACGCGGAUGACCCUGACACCGAUAGCAAGCAGAUUUUAUUUACAGUGAGUCAAAUUCCAGUCCACGGCCACAUCCAACAUACAUUUAGCAAUUUGCAAAAAGGUAGUACUUUCAAUCUGAUGGAUAUCACCGAAGGUAAACUUUCAUACGUCCACAAUGGCGAUGAGAUAACAAGCGACUCUUUAAAAUUAGAUGUUAGUGAUGGCUUUCAUGUUGUGCCUGUCACUGUAAAGGUAGUCGUGAAGCCCGUCGAUGACGAGACUCCGACGCUCACGGAGGGCACUGUUGGCUCCCGCUUGGACGUGUUGGAGAACGGUGCAACAGAAAUGACCACCAACGUCAUCCAGGGAAAAGAUGAGGACACAGAUGACCUCAGGCUGACCUUCAUUGUGGAGGAACCUCCAAGGUUUGGAGAAAUUCUGGUGAAUGGAGUUUCCUCAAGCUCGUUUACUCAAGCUGAUCUCAUCAGUGGUCUGGUUGUGUAUGCUCACACAAGCAGUGAAAUCGGUUUCACCUCUGUAGAUGAUGUUUUUAAUCUAACUCUCUCGGACAUGUCGGAUGAAUGGACUGUUGGGGGGAACAAAAUAAAAGGAGUCCGUGUUUACGUCACCAUUCUUCCUGUAGAUAACCAAACUCCGGUGGUCACAGUUGGCCCUACUUUUAACGUCUUUGAGGGUGACAAAAAUGCUAUUGGUGGACAUCAGAUAACGGUUGAGGACACUGAUACGCCAAUUGAGGACAUCCUAUGCACCAUCAUCGUUCAACCCACAUCAGGAUAUGUGGAGAACAUCUCUCCAGCACCUGGCUCUGAGAAGUCAAGAUCAGGAAUGGCGGUGAGCGCUUUUACCAUCAGAGAUAUGAAUGAAGGUCAUAUAUAUUACGUCCAGAGCAUACAUAAAGGCGUGGAGCCGGUGGAGGACAGGUUCAAUUUUCGUUGCUCCGAUGGUGUGAACUUCUCAGAGCGUCAGUUCUUCCCUAUCGUCAUCAUUCCAACCAAUGAUGAAAAACCGGAGAUCUUUGUGAGAGAGGUUGUUGUAAUGGAGGGUAUGAAUGUUUUCAUAGACACUCCCAUUUUGAACGGAAUUGAUGCUGACGUUCCUGCAGAGGAGCUGACAUUUAUCAUUACCAAACCUCCGAAUUAUGGAGUGAUCCUCAAUCAGCUGACAACAGGCCCCGUCCCGGUCACAAACUUCACUCUUGAACAAAUCAAAGAAGCCUCAAGCAUAAUUUACGACCACGAUGAUUCAGAAACCACAGAAGACAAGUUUGACAUCUUGCUUACAGACGGAAAACAUUCAGUCGAGGCUACGAUCAUGGUGAUGAUUAUUCCAGUGGAUGAUGAAACACCAAGGCUUGCCAUUAAUGACGGACUUGAAAUUGAGAUCGGAGAAUCAAAGGAAAUAAAUAGUAAAGUACUCAAAGCUACUGAUUUGGAUUCAGAUGAUGAGUCGCUCACGUUUAUCAUUCGCUACGGUCCUGCACAAGGUUUCCUUUAUAAAAAAACAUCAGGAAAUGUUGCUAAAAGGUCUGUUGGACCCUUAGAGAACAUCACUGUUGGGAUGAACUUCACACAAAGAGAGGUGAACCAGGGUCUUAUUUUCUACUCUCACAAUGGUCAGGAAGGCAUCCGUGACCUUGUCAAGUUCGACGUAACGGAUGGUAUCAACCCUCUGAUUGACAGAUACUUCUAUAUUACCGUAGGCAGCAUUGAUAUGGUGUUUCCUGAUGUCAUCAGUAAAGGGGUGUCACUAAAAGAAGGUGGGAGAGUGACCCUCACUACAAACCUUCUCAGCACCAGCGACCUCAACAGCCCAGAUGAGAACUUAGUGUUCACCAUCACAAGAGCCCCAGUGAGGGGUCAUUUGGAAAGCACAGACACGCAAGGCAUGCCUAUUGUGUCCUUCACCCAGCUCCAGCUGGCUGGGAGCAAAAUCUACUACAUUCACACUGCAGAUGAUGAAGUCAAGAUGGACAGCUUUGAGUUUGAGGUCACCGAUGGUUAUAAUCCCGUGUUCCGUACAUUCCGUGUGUCGAUCAUUGACGUUGAUAACAAAAAGCCCGUACUGACAGUUCAUGACCUCACGGUGACCGAAAGACAGACAAAACUCAUUACGCCCUUUGAGUUGACCAUUGAGGACCAAGAUACAGCCGAGCAUCUUCUGAAGUUCACAAUCACCCAGCUACCUAUUCACGGCAAGCUGCUUUUCAACAAUAGCCGACCGGUUGCAUCCUUCACAAAACAGGACCUGAAUGAGAACAUGAUCAGUUACAAGCAUGACGGCACAGAGUCGCAAGCCGAUAGCUUUUCUUUUACAGUCACAGAUGGAACACACUCAGACUUUUAUGUUUUUCCUGAUACCAUAUUUGAAACCCGGAGCCCUCAGACCAUGAAGAUCAACAUUGUGUCUUUGGACAAUGGCGUCCCUCAGAUUGUGAUUAACAAAGAUGCACCGACUUUAAGGGUGUUGUCCACAGGUCACUUAGGUUAUCAGAUCGCAAGUAAAGUCCUGAAGGCGGUGGACAGGGACAGCGUUCCUGAGGCCUUGGUAUUUCACAUCACCACACAACCAGAGCAAGGCUACCUGAUCAACCUGGAUAAAGGGAAUGCCUCCAUCAACACCUUUACACAAGCUGACAUUGAUGAUCUUAAAAUCUUCUAUAUCCUGAAAGACGACAGCAAUGCCACCCGUGAUCUCUUCGGUUUUACCGUGGAGGACAGCGGAAAAAACAAACUGAAGAACCAGCAGUUUCGUUUAAACUGGGCUUGGAUUUCUCUGGAGAAGCCGAGUUACAUGGUGGAUGAGCAGGACAAAGUUCUCGAGGUUGUCCUCCGACGACGAGGUUUCCUCGGAGAAACAUCUUUUGUCGGAAUUGGAACUCUGGAUGGCAGUGCUGAGAAGGGGAAGGAUUUUCAAGGGAAAUCUCAGAAGCAGGUGCAGUUUAACCCCGGCCAGACCACAGCCACAUGGACCGUGAGGGUUCUCUCAGAUGGGAAAUAUGAGCAGUCAGAGAAUUUCCAGAUUAUCCUCACUGAGCCGGUUAUGGGUGCUCUGGAGUUUCCAGCAACAGCCAUGGUUGAGAUAGUGGAUCCAGGAGAUGAAUCCACAGUCUUCUUUCCUCAGGCCAGCUUUGCUGUCGAAGAGGAUAUCGGAGAACUUCUGAUCCCCGUGCGCAGGAGGGGAGAUGUCAGUGAGGACCUUAUGGUGGUCUGUCACACCCAGCAAGGGACUGCCACAGGGACCGUUCCCACUUCAGUCCUGUCGUACUCUGACUACAUCUCCCGUCCAGAGGAGCAGGCCAGCGUCCUGCGCUUCGAUAAGGACGAGAUGGAGAAGCACUGCCGCGUGGUGAUCAUUGAUGACUCGUUGUACGAAGGAGAAGAAAGUUUCAACAUCACUCUUAGCAUGCCUGUGGGAGGUCGUCUGGGAGCGGAAUAUCACACCACAUGCGUCCACAUAAUGCCAGACCAGGAUGACGCUCCUGUGUUCUACUUUGACAACCAGCAGUAUCAUGUCGACGAGAGCGAUGGGUUUGUUGAGCUACGUGUGUGGAGGACAGGGACAGAUCUCUCGAAAACAGCUACAGUCACUGUGAGAUCCCGCAAAACAGACCCUGUAUCCGCAGAAGCGGGUUUGGACUAUGUGGGAAUCAGCAGAAACUUGGACUUUGCACCAGGAGUGGCCGUGCAGACAGUUCGGGUCACCAUUCUGGAUGAUCUGGGCCAGCCGGUUCUGGAAGGGACGGAGCGAUUCGAGCUUGUUUUUCGGAUGCCCUCCAAUGGAGUUCUGGGAGAGCCAGCAAAAGCCACAAUCUUUAUUAAUGAUUCAGUUUCAGACUUGCCGAAGGUAGAGUUCAAACAAGCUGUCUUAACUGCAGAGGAGAGUGAAGGUCAAAUCUUAGCAAUGAUCCACCGCAGCGGUGACAUCAGACACAGGUCUACUGUACGCUGCUACACGCGGCAGGGCUCCGCACAGGUGGCGUCUGACUUUGAUGAGAGACCCAACACUGACGCCUCCAUCAUCACUUUCCUGCCUGGUGAGGCUGACAAGCCGUGUGUGCUGAAACUGGUGGAUGACCUCAUUCAUGAAGAUGAAGAGGAGCUACGUCUGGUUCUGGGCAGCGCAAAGAGCGACUCGCUGUACGGGGCGUCCAUUGGCAAUCAAAACGAGACGCUUAUCAAGAUCAAAGACAACUCUGACAAGCCCAUCAUUAAGUUUGCCGAGACCAAGUUCAGUGUUAGCGAGCCGAAAGAGUCCGGACAAGUGACGCUGGUGAAAAUUCCCAUCCGCCGGACGGGAGACACUUCGAGAGUGUCCCUGGUGAGGGUUCACACCAAGGACGGCUCAGCUGUAUCGGGAGAGGACUACCAUCCCAUCUCUCAGGACGCCGAGUUUAAAGUGGGUGACAGCGAACAUGUAGUGGAGGUGGAGGUCCUGUUUGAUGGUGUAAAAGAGAUGAGGGAAGCUUUCACGGUUCACCUGAAACCAGACGAGAACAUGAUUGCUGAAACACAGAUGACUAAAGCCAUAGUGUACAUCGAAGAGGGCAACAGUAUAGCUGAUGUCACGUUUCCCUCGCUGCCUCACAUUGUGUCACUUCUGCACUAUGAUGAUGUCAGAAGAACCAAAGAGAAUUUGCAGCCACCCGCCGGUUACCCUGUCGUGUGCGUUACGGCAUGCAACCCCAAAUAUCCCGACUACGAUAAAACUGGUUCCAUCUGCAUAAGCGAACACAUCAACGACACCCUGACCCGUUACCGGUGGCUCAUCAGCGCCCCCAGUGGUCCGGAUGGUGUCACCAGCCCAAUGAAAGAGGUUGAUUUUGACACCUUCUUUACGUCCUCGAAGAUGAUCACCCUAGACUCGGUUUAUUUCCAAGCGGGCUCCAGAGUGCAGUGCGCGGCCCGUGCUGUGAAUUCCAACAGGGAUGAGGGGCUGGAACUCGGCAGCCCAAUUGUAACUAUUAGCAUGGAGGAAGGGAUGUGCCAGCCACGUAAAUUGGGCACAGUAGGCGCUGAGCCCUUUUCUGCCAAACUGCGGUACACGGGCGCCGAAGACCCCGAAUAUGCCAAUCUCAUCAAGCUUACUGUCACCAUGCCCCAUAUAGACGGCAUGCUCCCUGUAGUCUCCACACGCGCUCUGUCCAGUUUCGAGCUGACCCUCAGUCCUGACGGCACUCGGGUUGGGAACCACAGGUGCUCCAAUCUGCUGGACUUUAAAGAGGUCUCGACACGGCACGGCUUCCUGACUGAGGCCACGCGGAACAUAGAGAGCACCGGCGAGACUCUGCCGUAUCAGUACAACGCGGCUCUCAGGAGCCAAAGCGCGCUACGCUUUUACAGGAACCUGAACUUGGAGGCCUGUCUGUGGGAGUUUGUGAGUUAUUAUGACAUGUCUGAACUCCUCACAGACUGUGGGGGAACCAUCGGAACAGAUGGGCAGGUGCUGAACCUGGUGCAGUCGUACGUGACCCUGCGCGUUCCUCUGUACGUCUCAUAUGUUUUUCAUUCACCUGUGGGAGCGGGAGGCUGGCAGCACUUUGACCUGCAUUCUGAGGUCCGGCUCACCUUUGUGUAUGACACUGCCAUCUUGUGGAAGGAUGGUGUCGGCAGCCCUCCGCAGGCAGAACUGCAGGGUGCCUUAUAUCCAACCAGCAUGAGGAUUAAUGAUCAGGGGAAACUGGUGGUGAACUUCCGCACAGAAGCUCGCUUUAGGGGCUUGUUUGUGGCAGUACAUCGUGCAGCAAAGGGUCUCAAAACUGCAGAAUCCCCUGUGAACUCUAUGGUGUUGAGCGCAGACCACCCAGGCUUGACUUUUAACCUCACACUGGUCAGAACUGAGCCCACAUACAACCAGCCUGUCCAGCAGUGGAUGUUCAUAUCAGACUUUGCAGUUCGUGAUUAUUCAGGCACGUACACAGUGAAGUUGAUCCCGUGUGCAGCAGCACUGAAUGUGGAAUACUCGGUUACUCCCGUCUGCAACCCCAGAGAGCCUGUUACUUUUGAUCUAGAUAUUCGCUUUCAACAGGUGAGUGACCCUGUUGCUGUGCAGUUCAGUCUUAACACACAAAUGUUCCUGUUGUCUAAGAAAGCACUGUGGCUGUCAGAUGGAUCGAUGGGCUUCGGUCAGGAGAGUGAUGCGGCUUUUUCUGAGGGUGACAAAAUCUAUGGACGGGUGAUGGUGGACCCUGUUCAGAACUUGGGAGACUCCUUCUACUGUAACAUUGAGAAGGUGUAUCUGUGCACCGGAGCUGACGGAUACGUCCCAAAAUACAACCCCACCCGGUCUGAGUUUGGAUGCCUUGCAGACUUGCCGUCCCUUCUCUACAGAUUCAAAAUUAUUGACAAAGCACAGCCAGAGGCUCAGGCCAAGAGUUUUGGGGAUGUGGAUUUCAAUGCCCUGCUUGCUGUGGACGACCCCUCUGCCAUCUCUCUGGUGAAGCAGCCAGGUUCUGAUGGAUUCAAGAUGGACUCCACUCCUCUAUUCCAGGUGGCAGUAGGGAGAGAGUGGUACAUUCACACCAUCUACACAGUGCGGUCCAAAGACAACGCCAAGCGUGGCAUUGGUAAGCGAAGUCUAGAAUACCACUCGCUGACAUCAGCCGACCUUCUACCAAUGGAGGCCAAAAGACGCUCCAGACGAUCCACCGGUGACGUCCCGGUGCUGGCAGAACAUAUCGGACCUGAGAACAACCGGGGAACGAACAUCAUGCACAUUGUACUGGAUCGUAACCGCCGGCGGGCCGCGUCUGGGGAGGAGCUGUUCGCAGACGGAUUGUCUCCGAGGGAGCUCAGUGGGCGAGAUGCCGAAGAGAACGCAGUAACUGUGGCGGGAGCCCUCGUGGGGCUGCUCCUCACCAUCCUCAUCGUUGUGGCGUCGGCCCUGAUGCUUCACUCAAGGCGGACACCUGUGAAAAAAGCCCCGAGAGUCUCUUCAAGCCUGCAGCCUGUUACAGUUAGAAGUAGUCUUGAUAACGGUGACAGUUCAGAAGUCUGAAGGACUAAUGGAGUACGCUUUGUCAAACAUGAAUGAGUUUGAUGAUUUAUUUGUUUUAAACAAGUGCCUCUGACAAAUGUUACCUUAAAGGAAUAGUUCCCAAAAAAUGGAAGCUGUCACUAUUUUACUCAUCUCUUUUCAAAACUCCUGAAUGUUUUUUAUCAGACCAGCUCUUUUUCGUAAACAGCAGUUAUUAAGAACCACAUCCGUCAAGCUCCAAAUAGUAAAAAAUGCAAAGAAAGAAAAAAGGAACCUGUGCACGAAAUCUUCUGAAGCCAUAUGACAGCUUUGUGUAAGAAACAGACUAAAAUUUGAGUCUGUCAAAGCUCAUGUCUUGUCUGAAGAUUCGGUGAAGAUUCUGUGUGCUUCACAGAAAAAGGAGCGUAAAUGAAAUGAUCGUGAAAUGGUAACAUUUUAAUUUUGAGGUGAACUGUUCCUUUAAGAAGAGCUCAUGACCCAGUGCAUCACCAGUCCAAAGAAAUCUCUGUCUAGUCUUCACGACACAUCUAACUGACAUUGUCUUUAUAUGUUGCAUGUCCAACUUGGAUAGAUUGUUGGUCAACCACCAUAUGGAGGACAAAAAGGCAUCUUAUAAAGAUUGACUUACGAAAUAAAACCUAUAUAUUCUGGCAGACAGAAAAAAACCAUUGUUAAUGAGUGAAAUGGUAUAUGCGCAUCUAAAUGGACUGAUCAUCACGCUGACACUGACUAUAUUGUGUGUUUCACUGUUAUGCAUAAGUGUUAAAUAUUUACAUAAUUGUAUUACAGUUUUGUCUGCUGUUGCAGGUGUUUUGCCAAGCUCUAAAUGGAGAAAUGCUUAAUAUGCGUUUCAUAUGGUUGUUGUCACAAAGUUUACAUUCAAUCUUGUUCUCACCUUUCAUCUGGUUGCUACUGUUUUUAUAUAUACAUUAAUUUGCUAUUAUUUAUACAUUUGUUCAUAGAGUUAGUAGAGAGCAGUAUGCAUACCCAAAUAUUACCUCCUAAAUAUUGCGGUCCUGUCAUUAGUAUGGACGUAGUUAAAGGAACAGUUCGCCCAAAAAUGAAAAUUUUGUCUUCAUUUACUUACCCUCAAAUUGUUCCAAAUCUGUAAAUUCCUUUGUUCUGAUGAACACAGAGAAAGAUAUUUAGAAGAAUGUAGGAAAGCAAACAGUUCUGGAGCACUUUUGACUACCAUUGUUUUUUUCCUGUUUGGUUACAAGCAUUCUUCCAAAUAUCUUUCUCUGUGUUCAUCAGAACAAAGAAAUCUAUACAGAUUUGGAACAACUCCGGGGUGAGUAAAUGAUGACAGAAUUUUCAUUUUUGGGUGAACUGUUCCUUUAAUGGUUAUUGGUAAAAACUGUGACACAGGUAAUCGCUCAGAUUUCUCUUCAGUUUCUGCACAGUGUAUAAAGAUCCACAAUGGUAAAUCUACACGUAUUUUGUUAAAGUAUGUGUUAAAAAUGUUUUUAUAGUUCUGUCAUUCAAGUGUGUCAUGUCCAUUAGCCUAGAACUCUAUUUCAGACUUCACUUUAAAUGAAGAUGUCUCAUAACAAAUGUCGAUCAAUCCAGACAAGAAAUGUCUCAUCGGGCUGUUAAUAUGUUAAAAGAAAUGUGCUAUGCAAUGAAAUCAGUUGAUACUUUCCAUAUACGUAGUAUUGUGAGGCUAACAAACAAGCACGACAUUUUGGGCACAAUUACAUACUUUUUUAUGUGUGAAAUGGUGUUUAUGGUCAAAUGUUGUGCUUUUGUACAUGGUUCACUUCUAAAUAUUUCCAGUGCUAAAUGCAUUUUUUUAUGUAAUGGGCCUUCCAGCACAAAAUA